AUGGAAGCUGCAAACGUCAACAUGCUGGUGCGGAAUGUUCGUGGCUUGAACGCCCGUUGUCGACGCGACGUCCUACGAGAUGCGGUUGCCGAAGCUGGCGCCUCCAUUGUGUGCGUCCAAGAGACGAAGUUAAAUGUAAUCAACUCUUUUCUUGUUGCUGAGAUGCUAGGAAGCGGCUUCUCCACUUCCGUCUCUCUGCCGGCCUCGGGCACCAGAGGGGGCAUUCUGAUCGCCUGCAAAAACCCGGACGCCGUGUGCACCUUGUUGCACGCGGGACGUUACUCCAUCACUGCCACAGUGACGGUAAACGGGCAGGACGCGCCUUGGAGUCUAACAGCGGUUUAUGGUCCUCAGCCAGAAGCAGAUAAGGUGGAGUUCUUGGACGAAUUACGUUCUGUUCAGCAACUCGCCACGGCCUUGUGGGUUAUCGCCGGCGACUUCAACCUCCUCCUGCGUGCGUCUGACAAGAACAGAAACAACAUAAACCGGCGCAAUCUAGGGAGGUUUCGGCGGUUCGUCGAUGAACUGCAACUCAAAGAUGUUUAUUUGCAUGGCCGCCGCUAUACUUGGAGUAACGAACGAGAGGAUCCAACAAUGGCGCAACUGGACAGGGUGCUGGUCUCGAUCGACUGGGAUGCGCGUUUUCCGUUUGCCUUCCUUCAGGCCCUCUCCUCUUAUGCCUCCGACCACUGCCCCCUACAUCUCGCCACCAAUGCUAUGUUUACAGUGAAACGCCGUUUCCAUUUUGAGCCUUGGUGGCCGAAACUGCCUGGCUACCAGGACAUGGUCACCCGAGCUUGGUCUUCUCGCUGCGCCUCCUCGGAUCCGUUUGUCUGCCUGGACCACAAGCUCAAGAAUACGGCGAAAGAGCUUCAAAAAUGGAGCAGUCGAAGUAUUGGCCAAAUCAGAACACAGCUCCUUGUAGCGAAGACUCUCAUUCUCUGGCUGGAUAAAGCACAAGGGCAAAGAAUCCUUACUGCUGAUGAAAGGGACCUCAGGAAACAGCUAAAGUGCAAAUCACUUGGCCUGGCGUCCCUUGAGCGAACUAUGGCGAGGCAGCGUACACGAUUGCUGUUCCUACGGGAGGGUGAUGCAAAUACGAAGCUUUUUCAUAUGCACUCGAGCUACAGCAUAAAAAAGAAGCACAUUGCCAAACUAGAGCACGAUGGUGCUGUCGGGCUCAACCAGGAAGACAAAGAGCAGCUCCUGUUCAAUCACUUCAAGGCGAUCAUGGGGACGCCCUCAGCUAGAACAGAACACAUUGAUCUCCUGGCGCUGGACUUUCAGGCCUUCGAGCUUGGUCACCUGGAUGCGCCUUUCUCCGAGCAAGAAAUCUGGAACACGAUCAGAAGUAUGGCAAAUGAACGAGCUCCCGGACCAGACGGCUUCACUGCAAAAUUUUACAAAGCAUCAUGGCCAAUGAUUAAAGGGGAUGUGGUGGCAGCAUUCAACGCUUUUCUACCGAAAUGCGUGUGCUCAGUUCAGCCGGCUCAACAGCGCCCUGAUAACACUAGUGCCCAAGAAACAAGAUGCUGCCUCACCGGGAGAUUACAGGCCAAUAAGCCUCAUACAUAG